AUGAGGAUGGUCGGAAUUCCCCUGGGCCUCUGGAUCUUCUGCCACGUCCUGCUUCGGGGUGACUUGAGCCAGGCACAUCCGCUUUCCACCGUCACCUCCCAACCGACAGGAAACACCACUGAACCGGCCACCUCAACUUUUCCGAGCAGCAAACAGACCGGUCCCCUUCCUACCGUCACGUCUGUUUCCGCGGCCAACAACCUCUCAGCCUCGUCGCCCGCUCCCACCACCCAAGUCACCACGCCAGGGUCCAGGCCCGGGCCUUCAAACCACGGUCCCCAUCAAGGCCAUCGCCAAGCCGCGACUCCCACGCCGGAGAACCAGUCACCCCUGGACGCUUCCCAGACUAUACUGGGCCGGUCACUGAGCAGCACUACCACCACGGCAGCCUUGGUGCCAACCGAGGCCGAACCCCGCGUCUCCCAACCCUCUCCCACCGAAAAGUCGGUUCUCACCGUGGCGGCAUUCGGGGUCAUCAGCUUCAUCGUCAUCUUGGUCGUGGUGGUGAUCGUCCUGGUCAGCGUGGUCAGCCUGAGGUUCAGGUGCAACAGGAACAAAGAGUCCGAAAAUGCCCAGAAGCCAGGGAUCUCUGGGGUGUCUGAGAGCUGCUCCCCGGACAACGGAGAGAAGGAGAGAAUCACCCUCAUCUCCAUGAAGAACAUCAACAUGAACAACAGCAAGGGCUGCUCCAUGGCGGAAAAGGUGUUAUAGGCCGGGGGUCCUGGCACAGCACGGGAGACCCCCUCAUUGCCGGCGGGGACGUCGGAGAGGACGACUGCAUCCCCUGUAAAUUAUUCCGUCCACACAAGUCCGCGUCUCAUUCCCGGAGAUCCCGACGCGGAGACGUCCCCUUCCUCCCCAAGCGACCCACGGCCGCCCUCCACUUGGACAGAUGACCCCGAGGUCCCCCCAUCCUGCGGAAAGCAGCUCAACUGACCCCUCACCCGCCUCUUUGGGGACCCCCCCGCCCCCCAAUCCCUCUGACCCCUCAAUGACCCCAAUGGGCCACUGACACUGGGAGCAACUGAGGCCCGGGGGGUCCGCGCUGGUGGGCCUGGGAUAAAAGGAAGCACUAGGGUAGGUUUUCCACUCGCUCCGCGAGGCCGGGAAUUGUGUCUGAUAACUACCGUUCUUCCGUGGGAAUUGUGUCUGUUAACUACCGUUCUUCCCCAGACGCUUAGUACAGUGUUGCGCACGCAGACUAUAAAC